GUACUGUGAGCCUGUCUAGUUUGCUUUAUCCAAGGCCUUGAGUCCCUGGUGCGAUAGAGAAUAAGAACGAAGAGCAUGGUCGGGCACUGUGCAGAGUGCUUUAUAUAGAAUAUCUUUUCAGAAUGGGGGAGCCGACACCCAGGUCCAGAUCUGUGCAGCCCCAGAGCUUGAACUCUUUCCUCUGUGCUCUGUUGCUGGAUUUGAUAAGUAUAGCUUUGUUUUUCUUGUUCUCCUUUGGCUGCCCUGCAGCUUAUGGAGUUCCUGGGCCUGGGAUCCGAUCCAAAGCUCCGUUGCGACCUAUACCAUAGCUGCCACUAUGCUGGGUCCUUUAUCCCACUGUGCCAGACCAGGGAUUGAACCUGCGUCCUGGUGCUGCAGAGACUGCCACCCCUACGGAUCCCAUGGCGCCACAGCGGAAACUCUCAGUGCAGUUUUAGACACGAUGAGUCUCAGGCCCUGUAGGACAUCCUGGUGGAGAUGUCCAGAGGGAGGUGGGAAGGAUUAGUGCUUCGGAUGAUAACUGAAGGUGUGAGCUCGCCAAGAGUGAGAGGGGGCCGGGGACAGAACCCUGAGGGCACCUGUAUUGAUGGGAGGCAGAGAGAGGAAAGGCCCCUGCAGCUGGGGAACACUCAGGUGACUACUGCCUCCUCUUCUUCCUGUGUUUUCAAGUUUCUUGCAACCAGGCGGCAGCGAGGGAGACCUCCUCUGAGAAGGGAAGAUGGAGCCCCAGGGAGAAGGAACCUAGACACUGACCUGGGAAUAAUAAAACCUGAGUCCUGAUGCUCCCCUCACCCCUCUCUCCCCACACACCCAGCCCUCGCCUUCCAUCUAGAACCUCUCCCAAGAUAACGUGAGGGUUGUUGAAUGCUGCUGGAGGUCCAGCUAGGCAGUAGCUGACAAGUUCAGAGCCUGUUAACGCAGGGCUAGGCUAGAAGGCCAGUGCCUCGGGCAGAAGAUGAAGUCAGGAGCUGACAGAGGAUGACUGUCUGUUCUAGGGAAAAACAUCCGUCUUCUGCCCUCCCUCUGUCCUUUGGAGCUCUUGUUCUUUGCAGGUCUUUGUUGGGUGCUUUUUACCUCUAGGGUCCCUGCCCCCCAAGCCUUAAGCCUUUUUGGUUUUCAGUUUCACCUGCAAAAAAAAGAGAGAGGUAAGCAUUGAGUUUCUUCUUCCUUUUCUCCUGAGGCCAGGUUGUUGUUUCCUGCUCUUAGCACAGGUGUAAUUUCAGAGCCAUCCCUUGUGUUCUGGUAAAUCUAGGAGAGGCCAACAGGUCACUGGUUGGGGAUCAAGCCCAGCGAACCAGCCAUAGACCCCGGUGGCAGCUGGCAGGCUAGUUCUGGUGAAUUCCAGACAUGCUUGCUUGAUCCCAGGGCAGGUUUUUUUGUUUUUUUUUUUUGCCUUUCUGCACUUUCUAGGGCCGCUUCUUACGGCUUAGGGAGGUUCCCACGCUUGAGGUCUAAUCAGAGCUGUAGCUGCCUGCCUACACCAGAGCCACAGCAAUGCGGGAUCAGAGCCACGCCUGCGACCUACACCACAGCUCAGGGCAACGCUGAGCGAGGCCAUGGAUGGAACUCGCAACCUCAUGGUUCCUAGUCGGAUUCAUUAACCACUGCGCCAUGACGGGAACUCCAGUCCCGAGUAUUAGAAAAGACAAUUUGGUGUGUUGGCUACACUUACUUACAACUUGUUAUAGUACUUGCUCUACCUUAAUAGUCUUUGAGGUCCUUUCAAAACCUGGAAACAAAGGUUAGGAUAAUAAAGAUAUUAUCAGACAGGUAGUUAUUUGCCCCACAUCCGCAGCUAAGUGGCAGAGCCAAAGAUUCAAGGAGGAGCUGAAUCAUUGGCUCUAAGAGAAUGAUAUUUAUAGUUCUAUGAGAUCAAGGGAAAAGGUUGUUUCUACCUAAUUGGUUCUUGGGGUGAGCACUCUUUCUCCUGGUUUUUUUUUUUUUUUUGGGGGGGGGGGCUGCACCCGCAGCAUAUGGAGGGUCCCAGGGGUCCAGUCAGAGCUGUAGCUGCCGGCCUGCACCACAGCCAAUGGCAACACCGGAUCCUUAACCCACUGAUUGAGGCCGGGGAUCAAACCCGAAACCUCACGGUUCCUCAUUGGAUUCGUUAACCACUGAGCCCCGAUGGGAACUCCUCUUUCUCUUCACUUGGAUGUAACUUCUCUUCAUCAAGGCUUGACUCAGAUGUCAUCUCCAAAAAGCCGUCCUAUCAGAGCAAAAAGCCUUGGACUGUUCAUCAUUUGCUGACAGAGGGCAAUGGCGGCUUCCUGUGUCCUCCUGCAUACUGGGCAGAAGAUGCCCCUGAUUGGACUAGGCACCUGGAAGAGCGAGCCUGGCCAGGUGAAAGCCGCUAUUAAAUACGCCCUGACUGUAGGCUACCGCCACAUUGACUGUGCUGCUAUCUACGGCAAUGAGCUUGAGAUCGGGGAGGCUCUGCAGGAGACCGUGGGACCCGGCAAGGCGGUGCCUCGGGAGGAACUGUUCGUGACUUCCAAGCUGUGGAACACGAAGCACCACCCCGAGGAUGUGGAGCCCGCCCUCCGGAAGACCCUGGCUGACCUCCAGCUCGAGUAUUUGGACCUGUACCUGAUGCACUGGCCCUACGCCUUUGAGCGGGGCGACAACCCCUUCCCCAAGAAUGCCGACGGGACCAUACGCUAUGACGCCACCCACUACAAGGACACCUGGAAGGCCCUGGAGGCACUGGUGGCCAAGGGGCUGGUGCGGGCCCUGGGCCUGUCCAACUUCAGCAGUCGGCAGAUCGAUGACGUGCUCAGCGUGGCCUCGGUGCGCCCCGCUGUCCUGCAGGUGGAAUGCCACCCAUACCUGGCUCAGAACGAGCUGAUUGCCCACUGCCAAGCACGCGGCCUGGAGGUGACUGCUUACAGCCCUCUGGGGUCCUCUGAUCGUGCGUGGCGUGACCCUAAUGAGCCUGUCCUGCUUGAGGAGCCCGUGGUCCAGGCACUGGCUGAAAAGUAUAACCGGUCUCCAGCUCAGAUCUUGCUCAGGUGGCAGGUCCAGCGGAAAGUGAUCUGCAUCCCCAAGAGUGUCACACCUUCCCGCAUCCUUCAGAACAUCCAGGUGUUUGACUUCACCUUUAGCCCAGAGGAGAUGAAGCAGCUGGAUGCCCUGAAUAAGAACUUGCGAUUCAUCGUGCCUAUGCUUACGGUGGAUGGGAAGAGAGUCCCAAGAGAUGCAGGGCAUCCUCUGUACCCCUUUAAUGACCCGUAUUGAGACCAUAGCUCUUCCGCCACGGGGUCCUGCCAUCCCCAGAAAGAAGGAGUUAAUAAAGCCGUUGGAGCAUCCGUG